UCAGUUCAUCUAAGAUGCUGACUGUCUUCGUGGGAAAUAUCAACAAACGAGCCCUGGUCUUUGGACUGAAAAAGAAAUUGAUGAAAUAAAAAGUUUAAUAUUAUUGAGAAAGUGGAUAAAUUAAAGUAUUUGUGCGCCAAAUUUGUGGAAAAAUUAAAGAUGUUGAAGGUGCGCAGUUGUUUUUUGAAAAGAGAAAAGAUUGGGCUUAGGGAUUAUGCCACUACGAAAAACAAGAUCAUAGCUAUUCGAAGAGAAGACCAAAGUAUUUGGGAAAGGAGGGCACCGUUUUCGCCCAGCCACAUACGCAAAUUGGUCAAGAAAGGCGUGAAAGUCAUCGUUCAGCCUAGCAACAGAAGGUCUUACCCCAUGCAAUCUUAUCUAAACGCAGGAGCCAUAGUCCAAGAAGACAUAUCCGAAGCUAGCGUCAUUUUCGGUGUGAAACAAGUACCAGUGGACCAGCUAAUACCAGACAAAACUUACUGCAUAUUUUCCCACACGAUCAAAGCCCAGGAAACGAACCUUCCCUUACUAGACGCGAUACUCGAAAAGCGUAUUCGACUCAUUGACUACGAGAAACUAAUGGACGAAAAGGGGCAACGAGUUGUGGCUUUCGGAAAGAUGGCCGGUAUAGCUGGUUCGGUGAACAUCCUUCACGGGCUUGGGUUGAGGCUUUUGGCCCUUGGACAUCACACGCCUUUCAUGCACAUAGGGCCAGCGCACAACUACAGAAACUCCAGCAUGGCAAGACAAGCCGUUAGAGAUGCCGGUUACGAGAUUGCCUUGGGUCUCAUGCCAAAAUCUAUCGGGCCUUUGACUUUUGUCUUCACUGGUUCCGGCAAUGUUUCUCAAGGCUCCCAAGAGGUGUUCCACGAGCUGCCUCAUGAAUACGUCACGCCCGAACUUUUGAAGAAAGCAGCGGAGCAUGGAAGCUUGAAUAAGGUCUACGGUUGCGAGGUCCGGAGAAGGCACUACUUGGAAAGAGCCGAGGGUGGUGGUUUUGACCCUGUCGAAUACGAAGAACAUCCUGAACGAUACAUUUCGACUUUCAGCAAGAAGAUCGCGCCGUACGCUUCUGUCAUCAUCAACGGUAUUUACUGGGCUGUCAACAGCCCUAAACUCCUCACGAUUCCCGACGCCAAACACUUGCUGAGACCGGCGCAUACCCCUUGGCUCCCAACUUCCUUCGGAGCGCCGGCUUUGCCGCACAGGAUGUUGGCUAUAUGCGAUAUUUCCGCUGAUCCCGGUGGUUCGAUUGAGUUUAUGAACGAAUGUACGACCAUAGACACCCCUUUCUGCCUUUACGACGCCGACAGGAACAAAGACACGAAUAGCUUCAGCGGACCGGGUGUGUUAGUCUGUAGUAUCGAUAAUAUGCCCACCCAGAUUCCAAGGGAGAGUACCGACUUUUUUGGAGAUCUAUUGUAUCCGUUUAUAACGGAUAUCUUGCAGAGUGAUGCUCAGGAACCUUUGGAGAAGCAUAACUUCUCUUCUGUAGUGCACGGGGCCAUUAUAGCGAGUAACGGAAAACUUACACCCAAUUUUGAGUACAUUCAAGAAUUAAGGAAAUCGGCAAUCAAAAGCAGACAUAAAGCUGGCCUCGAAACAAAAGUGGCAGAAAAGAGCGUCCUCAUCGUAGGGGCAGGCCGAGUGGCAGCCCCCCUGGUCGAAUACCUCUACAGAGACAAAUCAAUCGACAUAACGGUGGCUUGCGAGAAAACGGAACUAAGCGAGAACCUAUCAAACAGUUACCCAGGCGUAGAAAACGUCUACCUCAACGCUUUAGAAGCCACUUCCUCCCUACAAGACUUGGUAAGGAAAGCGGAUGUCGUGGUUUCCAUUCUCCCCGCGAACCUCCACCCAAUCGUCGCCAAAGCUUGCAUUACCGAAGGAACCCACAUGGUGACAGCGAGCUACAUGAGCAACGAAGUCAAAGAUCUACACCAAGCCGCUGCCGAUGCUGGGGUGACUAUUUUGAGUGAAGUUGGUCUAGAUCCUGGUAUCGAUCAUCUACUGGCGUUGGAAUGCAUUCAAGAGGUAAAAGCAGGACGAGGGAGGGUUACCUCUUUCGAAUCCUUUUGCGGGGGGCUACCCGCUCCCGAGUUCAGUGACAAUCCUCUUCGGUACAAGUUCUCUUGGUCACCUAGAGGAGCGCUCUUGAAUACUUUGUCGUCCGCAAGGUAUCUCAGAAAAGGUCAAAUCGUCGAAAUCAAAGAAGGGGGCGAGCUAAUGAGGGCGGCCAAAGCCUUAGACUUCCUACCAGGAUUCAACUUGGAAGGCUUUCCGAACAGGGACAGUACCAAGUACGCGAAAUAUUACGGUAUAGAAGACGCAAAUACCAUCCUGAGAGGUACCUUAAGGUACUGCGGUUUUGCCCAAGCGGCGAAACAGUUGCAAUUCUUGGGGCUCCUGGAUACCGAGCCCCAUCCUAGCCUGCAUGCUCAGGGACCUGACAUCACUUGGAGGAAGCUCAUCUGCGACCUUUUGGGAGUGGAAGACUCGAACAUAUUUUACGAUAAUCUGAAGAACAAGAUAAACGAGAGGACUGGAUCAGAUUAUGCCGUGGACUUGUUGGAGGAACUUGGACUUUUGGAGGAGAAGAGCGUGGUGAAGUGCGGAUCGCCUUUGGACACAAUUACUCAAUAUCUGUCGACAAAAUUAGCAUUAGAAAAGAACGAAAGAGACAUAGUAAUUCUCCGGCACGACAUUGGUAUACUUUGGCCUGACAACAAGAAAGAAACGAGGGGGAUAAAUCUAGUGGUUUAUGGAGAUGUCAAUGGUCACUCAGCUAUGGCAAAAACUGUGGGAUAUCCUGCUGCUAUCGCUACAAAAAUGAUCCUAGAUGGUGAAAUUCAAGAACGUGGUUGCAUCUUACCUUUCGCCACUGAAAUAUACUUGCCUAUUUUACAGAGAUUAAGAGCUGAAGGCCUACAGAAUACUGAAACAUCUAAAAUCGUAUAAAACUUAUUAGGCAAGUUGUUCAAAAAUAUUGUCCAGUCUAUUUUAAAUGUAUCUAUUAUUUCUUAUUAUCUAUGUAUAAAUAUUAUUUAUAAAUAUUAAAAACAAUAA